UCUCUUUAAGACUUAACAGCUAAUCGCACUGACGCUAGUACAAAAACACUGAACACACGGAUGAAUGUUUUUCUAUUGCGGUCUGUAUUAUAGCGCGCGUGUGUCGGCAGGAGGUGUAUCCGGAGCACCGGGAGGCCGUUCCUGAUCCCUUACGAGCAAUUGGCUGCUGGUGAACUUUGCGACGCGUGUUUGUCCUCGCGCUCAGGUCACGCAUGCAACGCACUUGAGAUGUCUCGUGCACAUCGGAAUAACCGGUAAGCACGCGACCUCGCUAAUCACAGACGGGGCUGAAGAUUCACGUCAUCAUCCACACGCAAGCUGUCAAACGCGUCAAUCCGCAUUGAACAGGACGCGUCGGUACUGCCAGAGAGCGAGGGAAAUUAACGGGAACCGGAGAGAUGACGGAGAAACGGAUGUCGCGUUGGUAUUUCGGUGGGAUCGCGUCAUGCGGAGCCGCCUGCUGCACGCACCCGCUGGACCUGGUCAAGGUGCACCUGCAGACGCAGCAGGAGGUGAAGAUGAGGAUGGUUGGCAUGGCAAUGCACGUGGUGAAGAACGACGGCGUGCUGGCGCUCUACAACGGUCUCAGUGCCUCCCUCUGCAGACAGAUGUCGUAUUCUCUCACUCGCUUUGCCAUCUAUGAAACCGUCAGAGAUAUGAUGGGCAGUGGCGGUCAGGGGCCGAUGCCUUUCUAUCAGAAAGUGUUGCUGGGAGCAUUUGGAGGGUUCACGGGGGGUUUCAUCGGGACUCCUGCAGACAUGGUUAAUGUUCGGAUGCAGAACGAUGUGAAACUGCCUCUAGAGCAGCGGAGAAACUAUAAACAUGCACUGGACGGACUCUUCAGAGUUUGGAGGGAAGAGGGCACCAGGAAAUUGUUCUCAGGAGCCACUAUGGCGUCUAGCAGAGGAGCUUUAGUCACUGUCGGACAGUUGGCGUGUUAUGACCAGGCAAAGCAGCUGGUGUUGGGCACAGGACUCAUGAGAGAUAACAUACUCACCCACUUCCUGUCCAGCUUCAUUGCUGGAGGUUGUGCGACAUUCCUCUGUCAGCCGCUGGACGUGUUAAAGACACGAUUAAUGAACUCUAAAGGAGAAUACAGAGGUGUAAUGCACUGCCUGACUGAAACUGCCAAACUUGGACCAAUGGCCUUUUACAAGGGUUUAGUUCCGGCCGGGAUCCGGUUGAUUCCUCACACAAUCCUGACGUUUGUCUUCCUGGAGCAGCUGAAGAAAUACUUUGGCAUCAGAGUGAUCAGCUGAACUUUGACCUCUUGAUCGUCUCCUGUUGACGUCCUCUUCAAGCUGCCCUUGAGUUCCAUGACAAUGACAACAAAUCUGGACUUUUACACACUACACAGUGACAAAGCUCUCUCUUGUGUUUAAUACAAAUCCAAAACAGCUGGCGUGACUCCAGGAACAUCCACCACAGCGGGCACCUGUGAAUGUGGCACACCGGAGCUAUGAGGAAGGACUGAACUGGAUCUUCUGGGAAUAGAUGGCCUUACACUCGUUUUUUCAUGAUUUAAGAUUCUAGGUGUUAUUAGGAUAGAUUAUUUUUAGAUUAUGAAUGAACGUAUGAUGAUUGAAAAAAACAACUGUUCUGAAAUCAUUCUACUGUAAUGUGAUGAGAGGUUUUAAACAAUAGUUCACCCAAUAAUGAAAAUCCUGUAAUCAUUUACUCACCCUCAUGUCGUUCCAAACCCAUAUCAUUUUCUUUCUUCUAUGGAUCAUAAAAAGAAAUAUUAGCUCAUUGUGCAUGCUGCUUUUUCCCAUACAGUGAAUUUAGUUUUUUGAGCUGUUAAGCAUGACAUGUGCACUUGUGAGAAGCAGACCAAAAUUUUAGUAGUUAUUCACUGGAAAUCUUCCUCUCUGCUGUUGCUCUUUUCAGUUGUGCAGAGAGAUUCAUCAGAAUAUUUUAUUUUGUGGUGGCGAGUAAAUGAUAGGAUUUUUGUUUUGGGGUGAACUAUUCAUUUAAAUCACAUCACACUAAUUGUCAGAGUGAGCAGUUACUGAUGAAUCAACACAUUUCUCUUUUUGGUGCUCUGCUUUAAUUUUCUAAUAGUAUUUCUGUUUAUUAUAUUUCUGUGACUCAUCUGUGACAGUAAUAAUAAUUUUAGAGCUACUGUAGUUUCAGCAAAUGUGCUUAUAGUUGUAUCAGUCCCAUGGUGAAAGGGGCAUUUAGUGAAUUAAUUUGCACUAAUUACUUGGUAAUUAAUUUCGAAGGUUCGGUCCUGUAUAACUGGACUCAACUCGUUUUCUUAAAUUGUGCUUGUGAUAACUAAAUAUUCUAAAUAAAGCUAACUUUAGAUUAAGUUGGUAAAUUACCAUAUUGGUAUAUUCCGGUUGGGCACAACUAAAACAGGAGCUGUUUGACGGUUUUAGACUAUGAAUGCAAUCUGAAAACUUGAAUUAUUAUUUUAUGUCUGGAGAUGAGGAGUCUUAUCUAAUGGUGACCACCAAAGGGUGAAGUGAAUGGAGGUGAUCUGCUUGCACACAAACGAGUUUGUGUUUACCUGGGAACGAAAAUUAUUUGUCUACAAAUUGAUGUGUAAAUAUGUUUAACAGAUUUACUGCUCCCUUCAUCGCUAGAAAAAAAAAAAAGGAAAUAUGCAGACUAAAAGAAAGCUGAAACUGGUCUGAACUGUACUGCUGUCAUUGUCACAAGAUACAAUGACAAUGUAUUUAGUCUAAAAGAGAAGGCAUUUAAAUAAAAGUACUAACACAAGAAAAACA